AUGGUCUCUAUCUGUCUUCUCUGUGCUUCCAGGCAUGCAGGUGUGAGGUUUUUCUUUCUUUCUCUCUCUCUUUCUUCCUUUCCCUCCAUUUCUCUUUCUCUCUCUCUCUCUCUCUCUUUCUUUCUCUCUCUCAAAGUUCUUUUGUUUACCUUUAAUUUUCUUCUCUUUCUUUCUCUCUGUCCUCUCUUUCUGUCUCUUUCUUUCUUUCUUUCUUUCUUUUUCAAGCCCCCCCCCCGGCACCACGCCUCGGCUGUUUAUCAUCGUAUGUUUAUAAACAGCGGGACACGCCAUUAUAGAAACAUGGCUUACGUUGGUGAUUCCAACGCUCCUUUACGGGAAUGUAAAAAGAUUCAGUUUGGAAUUUUGAGUCCAGAUGAAGUUCGACGUAUGUCGGUGACAGAGGGUGGCAUUAAGUAUCCAGAGACAAUGGAAGCUGGCCGCCCCAAACUUGGAGGUCUCAUGGAUCCUCGACAAGGAACGACAGAUAGAAUGUCUCGGUGUCAGACCUGUGCUGGCAACAUGACAGAAUGUCCUGGACAUUUUGGACACAUUGAACUGGCCAAACCAGUGUUUCACAUUGGCUUUUUAGUAAAGACCAUCAAAAUAAUCAGAUGUGUGUGCUUCUUCUGUUCAAAAUUGCUUGUAGAUACACAAAAUCCCAAAAUCAAAGACAUUGUAAGUAAAUCAAAGGGCUACCCUCGUAAACGAUUGGCCCAUGUCUAUGACCUUUGUAAAAGCAAACGGGUCUGUGAAGGGGGUGAUGAAAUGGAUGUGAUCAAAAAUGAAAAUGGUGAAGUUGACCAAGCCAAAAAAGGCCAUGGUGGUUGUGGUCGGUUCCAGCCUAAAAUUCGUCGAAAUGGCUUGGAGCUGGUUGCAGAAUGGAAACAGGUGAAUGAAGAUUCGCAAGAGAAAAAAAUUAUGCUGACUGCUGAGAGAGUGUUGGAAAUUUUCAAAAGGAUUUCUGAUGAAGAAUGCAUCACAUUGGGUAUGGACCCUAAAUAUUCUCGUCCUGAUUGGAUGAUAGUCACAGUGUUGCCUGUCCCACCGCUACCCAUGAGACCAGCUGUAGUCAUGUAUGGGUCAGCUAGAAAUCAGGAUGAUUUGACACAUAAACUGGCUGACAUUAUCAAAGCCAAUAACCAACUGCGCCGAAAUGAACAGAAUGGUGCUGCUGCCCACAUUAUUGCAGAAGAUACAAAAAUGUUGCAAUAUCACGUUGCGACAUUGGUGGACAAUGAGUUACCAGGAUUGCCCAGGGCUGUGCAAAAAUCUGGACGUCCACUCAAAUCCAUUAAACAAAGAUUAAAAGGGAAAGAAGGUCGUGUCCGAGGCAACUUGAUGGGAAAACGUGUGGAUUUCUCUGCACGUACCGUCAUCACUCCAGACCCUAACUUAAGAAUUGAUCAAGUCGGAGUGCCUCGGAGUAUUGCUCAAAAUUUAACUUUCCCAGAGAUUGUCACACCAUUCAACAUUGACAGCAUGCAUGAACUUGUCCACCGAGGUGCCAACCAGUAUCCUGGUGCCAAAUAUAUUAUUCGUGACAAUGGAGAGAGAAUUGAUUUGAGAUACCACCCAAAAGCUAGUGACUUGCAUCUACAAAUUGGUUACAAAGUGGAGCGUCACAUGCACGACAAUGAUGUUGUUAUUUUCAACCGACAACCGACCCUCCAUAAAAUGAGUAUGAUGUGUCACAGGGUCAAGGUGUUACCCUGGUCUACUUUCCGAUUGAACCUCAGUGUAACGACACCAUACAAUGCAGAUUUUGACGGAGAUGAAAUGAACCUCCAUCUGCCUCAAUCAUUGGAAACCAGGGCAGAAAUUUUCAAUCUGGCUUCUGUCCCUCGUAUGAUCUUGACCCCACAAGCUAAUAGGCCUGUCAUGGGUAUUGUACAGGACACCCUGGCUGCUGUAAGAAAAAUGACCAAACGAGAUGUCUUUUUGUCAAGGGCCCAGGUGAUGAACCUGCUUAUGUACUUACCCCGAUGGGAUGGUCGUAUGCCCCAGCCUUCUAUUCUCAAACCCAAACCUUUGUGGACAGGCAAACAACUUUUUUCUCUGAUUAUUCCUGGACGUGUGAAUUGUAUCCGUGUUCACAGUACUCAUCCGGACAGUGAAGAUGAUGGACCAUACAAAUGGAUUUCUCCUGGAGACACCAGAGUGCUUAUUGAAGAUGGAGAACUGAUAUCAGGAAUUUUGUGCAAAAAAACACUUGGACCAUCUGCUGGUUCAUUGGCACAUAUUGUCUUCUUAGAGAUGGGCCACGAAUAUGCUGGUCUACUCUAUGGUGAUAUUCAAACUGUUGUCAACAACUGGCUACUUUUAGAAGGUCACAGCAUUGGUAUUGGUGACACCAUUGCUGAUCCCUCCACUUAUCUUGUCAUUCAGGACACCAUUCUCAAAGCUAAGAGCGAUGUGAAAGAAGUUAUCCAAAAAGCUCACAAUGAUGAAUUGGAACCUAGUCCUGGAAACACACUGAGGCAGACUUUUGAAAAUCAGGUGAACAGAAUUUUAAACGAUGCCAGAGACAAAACAGGUAGUGCUGCCCAGCGCUCUCUAUCUGAAUACAACAACUUCAAAGCUAUGGUAGUCGCUGGUUCCAAAGGUUCCAAAAUUAACAUCUCACAGGUUAUUGCCUGUGUAGGUCAACAAAACGUUGAUGGUAAAAGAAUUCCUUUUGGAUUUCGGCAUCGAACUCUUCCCCACUUCAUCAAAGAUGAUUAUGGCCCUGAAUCUCGAGGCUUUGUAGAAAACUCUUACCUUGCUGGCUUGACUCCUUCAGAAUUUUUCUUCCAUGCUAUGGGAGGUCGUGAAGGUCUCAUUGAUACAGCUGUAAAAACAGCUGAAACAGGUUAUAUCCAGCGACGUUUAAUCAAAGCUAUGGAAAGUGUGAUGGUCAAGUAUGAUGGUACUGUCCGGAACCAAGUCGAACAGUUGAUUCAGUUACGUUAUGGGGAAGAUGGACUGGAUGCCUGCUGUGUCGAAUUUCAACAAAUGCCGACACUGAAACCAUCAAAUAAAGCUUUUGAGAAAAAAUUCAAAUUUGAUGCUUCUAAUGAACGUAACAUGAAGAAAUGUCUUACUGAAGAUGUUAUCAAAGAUUUGAUGGGUGAAGCUCAUUGUAUUGGAGAACUUGAAAAAGAAUGGGAACAAUUGACAUCAGACAGAAACAUUUUGAGGACAAUUUUUGAUAAGGGAGACAACAAGGUUGUACUGCCAUGUAAUCUUCAAAGAAUGAUCUGGAAUGCCCAGAAAAUCUUCAGAAUUGACAAGCGUAAACCAUCAGAUUUACAUCCCUUGAAAGUCGUGGAAGGUGUUCGUAAUUUGUGCAAAAAGCUGACAAUUGUGGCUGGAGAAGAUCGGUUGAGCAUCAUUGCCAACGAGAAUGCCACUUUGCUGAUGAAAUGUCUAAUCCGAUCGACAUUGUGUGCUAAACGUGUUGCUGAGGAAUACAGACUGUCAGCAGAAGCUUUUGAGUGGCUCUUGGGAGAAGUUGAGACCCGAUUCCAACAGGCUCAGGCUCACCCUGGUGAAAUGUGUGGUGCUCUGGCUGCCCAGUCUUUGGGAGAGCCUGCCACUCAGAUGACACUGAACACUUUCCAUUAUGCUGGUGUAUCAGCUAAAAAUGUAACCCUGGGUGUACCCAGGUUGAAAGAGAUUAUCAACAUUUCAAAGAAACCCAAAACACCUUCGCUCACUGUCUAUCUGACAGGACAGUCAGCAAGAGAUGCAGAGAAAGCUAAAGAUGUUUUACAUCGCUUGGAACACACAACUCUGCGUAAGGUGACAGCAAAUACAGCAAUCCAUUAUGACCCUGACCCUCAAAAUACGACAAUUGCCGAAGACCAAGACUGGGUGAAUGUUUACUAUGAGAUGCCAGAUUUUGAUGUCUCUCGUAUCUCACCCUGGCUGCUUCGAAUUGAACUUGACAGAAAAAGAAUGACCGAUAAAAAACUGACCAUGGAACAAAUUUCUGAAAAAAUUACCGCAGGCUUUGGUGAAGAUUUGAAUUGUAUUUUCAAUGACGACAAUGCAGAGAAAUUGGUUCUACGAAUUCGAAUCAUGAGCUCAGAAGAAGGCAAAAUGCAAGACGAGGAAGAAAUUGUUGACAAAAUGGAGGAUGAUGUCUUACUCAGAUGCAUCGAAGCAAAUAUUCUGACAGACAUGACACUGCAGGGAAUUGAAUCUAUUUCAAAAGUGUACAUGCACUUGCCUACGACUGAUGACAAGAAAAGAAUCCACAUCACUGAGGAUGGUGAAUUCAAAGCUGUAGCUGAAUGGAUUCUUGAGACUGACGGUACUGCCCUGAUGAAAGUUAUCAGUGAAAAAGAUGUCGACAAAGUGCGCUCUACAUCCAAUGAUAUUGUCGAAAUUUUCUCGUCACUUGGAAUUGAAGCUGUCCGAAAAUCAAUUGAAAAGGAAAUGAACCACGUCAUCUCUUUUGAUGGUUCUUAUGUCAACUAUCGACAUUUGGCCUUGUUGUGUGAUGUGAUGACAGCCAAAGGUCACUUGAUGGCCAUCACCCGUCACGGUGUGAACAGACAAGAAACCGGAGCACUUGCUCGAUGCUCCUUUGAAGAAACUGUGGAUAUUUUAAUGGAAGCCGCAUCCCACUCUGAAAUUGAUCCAAUGAAAGGAGUCUCUGAAAACAUCAUGGUUGGUCAGUUGGCUCGCAUUGGAACAGGCAGUUUUGAUUUACUUCUGGAUGCGGAAAAAUGUAAAUAUGGAAUGGAAAUUCCUACCAAUGUUGGACCAGGAAUGCUUGGAACAGGAAUUGGAUCUGGAAUGUUUUAUGGCUCCGGCAGUAGCCCAAUGAAUCAAGUUUCUCCAGAAAUGACCCCUUGGAUUACUGGAGCAACACCUGGCUACCCUGGUUCUUGGUCACCUGCCAUUGGCAGUGGUAUGACACCAGGGGCUGCUGGCUUCUCACCUUCAGCUGCCAGUGAGAGUGGUUACAGCCCUGGCUAUAGCCCUUGUUGGUCUCCACCAAGUGGUUCACCUUCUUCACCAGGCAGCCCUUACAUUCCAAGCCCUAGUGGAGCUAUGUCACCCAGCUAUUCUCCAACUUCACCUGCUUAUGUACCAGCAUCCCCAGCAAUGACACCACACAGUCCAGGCUAUUCACCCUCAAGCCCAUCUUAUUCACCAACAAGCCCUGGUUAUUCUCCUUCUUCACCAAGCUAUAGCCCAACAUCCCCCUCCUAUUCUCCUACAAGCCCUUCUUAUAGUCCAACAUCACCUUCCUAUUCUCCAACAAGUCCUUCAUAUUCUCCAACAAGUCCCUCUUACAGCCCAACCUCUCCCUCUUAUUCACCAACAAGCCCUUCUUACAGCCCUACUUCUCCGUCUUACUCUCCUACCAGUCCCUCUUACAGUCCAACAUCACCUUCAUAUUCGCCUACAAGUCCCUCUUACAGCCCAACUUCACCCUCUUAUUCUCCUACUAGUCCCAGUUACAGUCCUGCCAGUCCAAGUUAUUCCCCAUCAUCACCUAACUACAGUGCCACCAGUCCUAGCUACAGCCCCACCAGCCCCAGUUACAGUCCUACCAGUCCUAGUUACAGCCCCACUAGCCCUAGCUACUCACCGACCAGCCCUAGCUACAGCCCCAGUUCUCCCAGCUACAGCCCCACAAGUCCAAGCUAUUCCCCAAGCAGCCCCAGUUAUUCCCCAAGCAGUCCUAAGUACUCUCCCACAAGCCCUUCAUACUCUCCCACAAGCCCCUCAUAUUCUCCAACAUCUCCCCAGUACUCACCUUCUUCUCCAAAAUAUUCUCCUACAAGCCCUGCCUACUCACCAAGCAGUCCAAAAUACACUCCCACCUCACCUACAUACUCUCCCACCUCACCUAAAUACAGUCCCACAUCUCCAGAGUACAGUCCAACAUCUCCUCAGUACUCUCCAACUAGUCCCACCUAUAGCCCCACCAGUCCAACAUAUAGCCCUACAAGUCCUACUAGCCCCAGGUACACACCAACUAGCCCAACAUAUAGCCCUUCUAGCCCCAAGUAUUCUCCUACCAGCCCCAAGUAUUCUCCUACUAGCCCUAAAUAUUCUCCAACAAGUCCAACGUAUUCUCCAAGUUCUCCAAAGCCAUCUCCUGCCAGCCCAAUGUACAGCCCAACUGAUGAUGACAAAGACACAUGA